CUUUCUUUUGAUAAGAUAUCCAAACAUCAAACAAACGUUGCGGAGAGAAAUUUUAUUAUUUCAACUUUGAAAUUGCAUUCGAUUCACACAUACACCAAAUACGGUGUAUUUGGGUCACACCAAAUACUUUUUGUGUUUGUUAUAUAUACGGAGAGGUCAAAGACCUCUGAUUAAGCAAGCUACACUACUGAGCAGAAAAGUCUCUCUAUAAUUUCUUCAACCUUUCAUUUCCUUCUCGUAUAAGAAACGACAUACACAAUGGUGGGAAACUAUGAUCGUACCGAUGAGGUAAAAGCGUUCGACGAGAUGAAGAUUGGAGUGAAGGGUCUCAUGGACGCCGGGAUCACACAAAUCCCACGCAUUUUCCAUCACCCGCAUGCUACCUUUACGAACCCUAAACCUAGUUCCUCAACGUUGAAGAUCCCAACAAUCGAUCUUGGAGGCUGUGUGUUCGAGUCCACGGUCAUGCGAGAGAGUAUAAUCACGAAAGUGAAAGACGCGGUUGAGAAGUUUGGGUUCUUCCAGGUGAUUAACCAUGGGAUCCCAGUUGAUGUGAUGGAAAAGAUGAAAGAUGGGAUUCGUGGGUUUCAUGAGCAGGAUUCAGAAGUGAAGAAAACGUUCUAUAGUCGUGACAUGACCAAAAAGGUUAAGUAUAACACUAAUUUUGAUCUCUAUAGUUCUCAAGCUGUCAAUUGGAGAGAUACUUUAACUACGGUUAUGGCUCCUGAUGGUUUACAAGUAGAGGACUUACCUGCGGUUUGUCGGGAAAUAAUGUUGGAGUACUCCAAGCGAAUGAUGAAGUUAGGAGAGAUAAUCUUUGAGCUGUUAUCAGAAGCUCUCGGAUUAAAACCUAACCACCUCAAAGAACUAGACUGCGCCAAGAGCUUGUCGUUGCUCUCACAUUACUACCCACCUUGUCCAGAGCCUGAUCGAACCUUUGGGAUCAGUUCACACACAGAUAUAUCUUUUAUCACUAUUCUUCUUCAAGACCACAUUGGUGGACUUCAAGUUCUCCAUGAUGGAUACUGGAUCGAUGUUCCUCCUAAUCCCGAAGCUCUUAUCGUCAACUUAGGAGAUCUCUUACAGCUUAUAACAAACGAUAAGUUUGUAAGUGUGGAGCACAGGGUUUUGGCAAAUAGAGGCGAGGAACCGCGCAUUUCAAGCGCAUCGUUCUUCAUGCACACCAUACCAAAUGAACAAGUAUAUGGACCUAUCAAAGAGUUUCUAUCUGAACAAAACCCUCCCAAGUAUAGAGACACAACCACGUCCGAGAUGGCGAGACAUUACUUGGCUAAAGGACUAGAUGGGACCUCACCGUUGCUCCAUUUCAGGAUCUGAGAAUAAUAGUGGAUCAAAAUCUUAGAGGAUUUCUGAGUUUCACGAAAACAAAUGUACAAUAAAAACUACAUGUGGUAGUAGUAUUUCACAUAUAUUGUGUAUCCAUUAAUUUAUAGACUUAAACCAUCAGUAUCUUAUAACUUCCAUUUUGUAGUUCUUGUGUUGAGAUAUAUAUUACAUUGUGUUGUUUACUAGGUA